AUGUGUGGCACGGUGUACAACGUCUGGGUCAAAGCCCUGGGACAUCAGUACAACAGCUCUGACAGCAUAGUGGUCCCUCUAACAUCAGGACCUUGUAGGCCAAGCAAUAUUGAAGUGAUUUACGACUGUGGGGGCAGCUCUGCCAACAUAUCGUGGCAGCCCAGCGAUGGAGCUGUGCUCUACAUUACUGUGCUCACAGCUUCUUCAGGACACACAGCCAGCUGCGCCACCAACCAAACCAGCUGUCAGCCGAGGCCUCUGCGAUGCGGAGAGGAAUACAACGUCACUGUGAAGGCUGUUGGAGAGACUUGUAACAGCAGUUCUCAGAUGACAGGAUACCUCACCACAGAGCCCUGCGUUCCUACAAAUGUGUCCAUCCACUACAACUUGAGUACUGCCCGGGUGAUGUGGAACACAGCGAGAGGUGCUGCGUCGUACUCUGUUCAGGCUGUGAGUGACCGAAACUUGACAGUCGCCUGUAACACCAGCAACACACACUGCUCCCUGACUGCUCUGCAGUGCAGCCACACCUACAGCAUCACUGUGAUGACACAAAGCCUGGCAUGCAACAACACUGUGAGCUCUGCACCCUACCGCCUCGUGACAGAGCCGUGUCCACCUACUAAUGUUCAAGCCAGCAUGUCAUGCAGACAGCUUACUUCAACUGCAUCCUGGCAGCAGAGUGACCUCGCUUUGGGUUAUGUUGCCUACUUUGACAACCAAAAUGGCCACUACACCUCCUGUAUGAGCACAAACACCUCCUGUGUGGUCUCAGGGCUGAUGUGUGGUACAGUGUACAGUGUCUGGGUCAAGGCGUUAGGACAGCAGUACAACAGCUCUGACAGCUCAGUGGUCUCGCUUACAUCAGCCCCAUGCCUGCCCAGAGACAUGACAGUGGAAGUCAACUGCACCUCUGACAAUGCAGUCCUGGUGUCCUGGAACGGCACUUAUGGCACAACUAACAUUUCCCUGAUGGCUGUCGUUGGUGGAAGUCUUCAAACUCUGUGCACAACUCAGCAGGAAAGCUGUAACAUGACAAGUUUAAGCUGUGGGGAAACCUACAGUCUCAGCAUCAACGCCAGCAACGACCAGUGCAGCCUCAGCACACAGACACUGUCUAACUUUACCACACGUCCUUGUCCUCCUCAGAGAGUAGCUGUCAAUCUGCAGUGCAGCUCCCGUACUGCUGUCCUAUCCUGGGAAGAGAGGUCUAAUGUUGAACUGUACACAGCGAGCGCCAUCAAGGCGUCAGGAGGGGAAGAGAAAACGUGUGACUCAGUGACCUCCAGCUGUCAGUUCUCGGGUCUGGACUGUGGAGAGAUGUAUAACUUUACUGUUACAGGCCACAACAGAGGCUGCUGUAGCCAACCCAGCAGUGCCGUGUUCAUCCACACAGAGCCAUGUCCACCUACAAAUGUUUCUGCUGAGGUGCUCUGUGAGUCCGAUGAGAUGAAGAUCUCCUGGCAAGAGGCGAGUGGUGCUGAGAGUUUCUUAGUUACAGUGAGCGGCAGCGACGGAUUGAUGAAGAUUUACAGCACAAACCAAACGCUUCUAAGAGCCUCUUUGCCUUGUGGACAGGACUUUAAUGUCACUGUUCGAGGACAGGGCAGCAUGUGUAAUGGCAUCCCCAGCAGUCCCACCUUCUUCAAAACUGCUCCAUGUAUACCAAGGGGUUUGGCAACUGACGCAGAGUGUGGGUUUGACGUGGGCUCCGUCAGCUGGCAGCCAACUGAUGGAGCUGAAACAUACAUUGCUGUAGCCACUGGCCUCGACGGCCACACUCACCACUGCAUAAGCAAUACCGCCUCCUGCACCUGGAGCGACCUGCACUGUGGGGAGGAGUACAGUGUUGUAGUGAGAGCAAAGAGCAACAACUGCACCAGUCUGCCGAGCAACAGCUCAAUCAUCCACAUGGACCCCUGUGCUCCCCAGAAUUUGUCUGCCACUGUGAACUGUGAUAUGAAAGUGGUGUCUCUGAGCUGGGAUGCCAGCAGUGGGGCAAAGAUUCAGUCUCAACACUAA